CGAAAAAAGAAGAUGUCGAAAAACUGGGAAGUCAAGUCUUCAUUCUUAGCACGCAACACUUUCAAUCCUAUUCGAAAAUAUGUCGAAAGUCUUCCAGCGAAACCGAACCAAGCCAAAACUUUGAUACCGUUAAACAUUGGGGAUCCCACUAUUUUUGGUAAUUUGCAGCCCCCAGAAUCUGCUAUAAACGCAGUAACCAAAGCCACUUUGACAUGCGCUAACAAUGGUUACAGCCCAUCUAUUGGAUAUAAAAAAACGCGUGAUGCCCUGGCAAAAUUUUACUCCAGGUCUGGAAUGGAAUUCACUGGCAAUGACGUUAUCUUGACUAGUGGGUGCUCUGGUGCUAUCGAAAUAGCGCUAACCGGUUUGGUCAAUGCUGGUGAUAACAUUCUUUCACCUAUGCCCGGUUUCGCGUUGUACUCUACACUUCUAAAAGGAUUGCACAUAGAUGUGAAGCUUUAUAAAUUGAUGCCUGAACGAGAUUGGGAAGUUGAUAUACAACAUAUGAUUUCACUCAUCGAUGACCGAACACGCGCUAUAGUAAUUAUUAAUCCUUCAAAUCCUUGUGGGUCUGUAUUCUCGAGGGACCAUCUGCAGGAAAUAUUACAAGUUGCCGAACAAUUUAAAAUUCCUAUUGUUGCCGAUGAGGUUUAUCGAGACAUGGUAUUCUCUGAUGCUGCGUUCUAUCCGAUUGCAUCUCUAACAAGUACCGUGCCAAUAUUAUCAUGCGGGGGAAUUGCCAAAAGAUUUGUCGUACCUGGAUGGCGCUUCGGUUGGAUAUUUAUUCAUGACAGGAAUGAAAUUUUUUCUAAAGAGAUUCGUGCUGCUCUGCAUAGCUUAUCGCAAAGAAUUUUAGGACCAAAUACUCUUAUCCAAGCAGCGAUCCCUGAAAUGUUGAAAGAAACUCCACAAGAGUUUUACACUAGUGUCAUGAAAGUAAUUGAGGGAAAUGCGCAUCUUGCGUACAAUUCAUUGAAAAAUAUCGAUGGAUUGAACCCAAUAAUGCCUAAAGGCUCUAUGUAUAUGAUGAUCGGAAUAGAUAUUGAACGGUUUACUGGCUUUGAAAGUGAUCUAGAGUUUACUCAUAAGCUUUAUGAAGAUGAGUCCGUAUCAUGUAUACCUGGAAGGUGUUUCUCAUAUGAAGGCUUUUUCCGAAUUGUUCUUACCGUACCCGAAGAUAUGCUUAAAGUUGCCUGUUGUCGUAUUGCCGACUUUUGUAAUGCGCAUAGAUAUAUUGCUAAUGGUAAAUGCCAUUAACAUGUCUGGCCUAACAGUAAUACUCCAGCAAGACCCAGUAUCUAUUAGUGAGUUAGCUUCCGGCAAAACCUUGUGUAGGCCCUAAUACAUUCUUUAUGACGGCUUUCACCACUAUAUCGCUCAAUUAUCUUCAUAAUUUUGGGCCCAUAGUAAUUGUAUGAGAUUUUAUUUUCAGUAGAACAAGCGUUAUUGUGAACUUAAAUGCCUUUCAUGCAAUUAUGUGGUGAUAUAAAUGCUGAAGACUAUGCGGAAAACUUAUUGCUUUAAGAUGUGUAACCUUAGGUAACAUCGUUCCUUUAUGGAGUUCAAGUCUUUAAGAUAACUCUUAAUUUACACUGAUUCUUAGAAGAAAUCUUAAUAUAAUUAUAAUUACUACGACUUAUAAAGUAAACAUCCGACGUGGAGAAAAUGCAAAUCCGGUGCAGCUCACAAUUCAUAACUACAGUUAUCUGAUAAUAUCCGAGGGACUGACAAAGAUUAAUUGUAUAUUUCUUGCCAAUUAUAAAUUAUCGCAUUGCUUUUUAACAAAAUGCAAUCAUCUGUACGUUAUCCUAAGAAUCUAAAUAUGUAAUUUGUAAUAUAUUCUGUGCUUUAUUUAUAACAUUUAUAGAUAAAGAAUAAAAUAAAAUAAAAU